UCAGAAUUCCGAACAAGUACCAUUAUGAUAAAUUCAAAUUGCAGCGUAGUGGCAUUAGCAGUUCCGGUUGUGCAGGAAUACGAGAGGGCUGUGAUUUUCCGCUUGGGAAGAUUAUUGUCCGGAGGCGCCAAAGGACCCGGAAUCUUCUUCAUAUUGCCAUGCAUUGAUGCAUACGCUCGCGUCGAUCUGCGUACCAGGACUUACGACAUACCACCGCAAGAAGUCCUGACCAAGGAUUCUGUAACGGUAUCCGUGGAUGCUGUGGUCUAUUAUCGCGUGUCGAACGCGACGGUGUCCAUCGCGAACGUCGAAAACGCCCACCAUUCGACUAGGCUUCUAGCGCAGACGACCUUACGGAAUAUCAUGGGUCAGAGGCCUUUGCACGAGAUUUUGAGCGAGCGCGAGAGCAUCUCGCAGCACAUGAAGGCCCUCCUCGACGACGCCACCGACUCCUGGGGCAUCAACGUCGAACGAGUCGAAAUAAAGGACGUUCGUUUACCGGUUCAAUUGCAGCGCGCCAUGGCCGCAGAGGCGGAAGCCGCCCGCGAGGCCAGAGCCAAAGUAAUCGCCGCCGAGGGCGAGCAGAAGGCGUCCAGGGCUUUGCGCGAAGCUUCCGAGGUGAUCGGGGAUUCCCCGGCCGCCUUGCAGCUCCGCUAUCUUCAGACAUUGAACACGAUAUCAUCGGAGAAGAAUUCGACAAUCGUAUUCCCGCUGCCGAUCGAUAUUAUAUCCUAUUUCAUGAAAGGCAAAGAGGGCCUUUUCAAAUAAUUCAAUUUACAAUCUAUCAAUUGUAACAAUUUCAUUUUUGUUAUGUUUUUAUAUUAAUUUUCUUAAUUUUGUGUACGUCUCAAAUUGAAAAAAAAAAUCAACCAGCACAAAGUGCAAUAUUUCGAUAAUUUACGACAGUCAAAGCACGUCUCGUUUAGCACACCAAUUUUCAACCCUGCUCUCUCGAACAUCGUGCCAAAAAAAGAAUCAAACAAACAAUAGUCACAGAAAUUUGAAGCAGAGCGGGGAUGUUUUUGUAAACUUUUCUUAUUUUUUCUAAUUAUUAAAUUAAUAUUAAAAAAAAAAUGAUCAAAAGAUAUAAUAAUAUUAAUAAGUGUGUGUUCUCAAAUCUAUAAAUAUACAAAAAGAUAUUCACUAAUAUUUAAGAGCGUUGCGUAAGGCACAAUUUUCUUUGGAUCGCAUCACGCGCGUAGCUUAUAGUGUUACAUCACGGUUACGAAACAGUUUCGCUCCGAUCAAGAUUACGAAGACGGAGCGAGUCAUCAAAUCGAUCUGUGGUAUUUAUUUAUUAAAAAAAAACCAAACAAACAAAAAUUAAUACUUAAUUUAUUUAUAAUUCGGGUCCUUUUAAGCGCGAAUCCUAGACGACCUGAUCCGCGCCUAAAUCGAAUCACCCUCUCUCUCAAAUAGAAAAGAAAAUUGACACAAGAUUCGGAGAGACGCGCGACAACAACAAAAAUCAACAACUGAGCAAACUAGGGUUGAAGGUCGCGCCUCUCUCCGCAUCCAUAAAUCCGAAUUAACUCUACUUAAAUAUUCAUUAAUUAAGUAGAUUUAAUGAUUUGAGUAAUCGUUCCCUCGAAAUGAUGAGUCGACGGAACGAUUGCUGCGAAAAUUGGGGUUCUCAGCUCGUCGGGGCGCGAUUAGAGGUGUUGCGCCCUCUCGAUCUACCCUAGAGCAUCAGCAGAAACAAAAUACAAAUUAAAUCAAUUGAUACAUUAUUCUCCUGUCUUUAAUGUUAAAGGGCUAUUGUGUAAUAGGCUAAUUCACUUAUUGCGAGAUUAAGAAAUAUAUAUUUAUGAUGUCUAAUCGUUAUAAUGAAAUUAUCGAAUCUUCUAAUUAUUCAAAUCUAUAUGUAAAAAUAAUUAUAUAACCCUCAAUGACUAGUUAAUAAAAGUGCAAUGUUUCACUGAAA